AUGUCAGCAACCUCUGAAGACGAGGCCCGAGCCUCAUCGCUUGCUAUCAAAUCCCUCGAAUAUCUCAAAAGCGGCAGUCACGAUGACGCAAUCCGCUCCUUGCGUGAGGCCCUCUCCUUAGCACCUCGUAACGAGACAGUGCUACACGCAUUCCACGAUUUUCAGAAAGACCAGAAUGUUCCUCCAGUUUGGCGACUUUGCCAGAAGCUCGUUGUUGAAUCAUCGCCUGAUGCGGGCAAAGAAGUGUUAAGGGCAUUGAAAGAUCCAAACCUGAGUUUACAGCCUUCGACAGCUACUGAAUGUCUUGAAUUGCUUCUCGCACAUGCCGAUACUAUUCCCUCUCCUGAAGGAGGUGAAGCAGUGGGCGGCAUUCUGAAAUCUAGUAGAGGCGGGAGGGAAUAUCUGGCCGACCUACUAGAGAGAGAUGCUGUUUGGGUGUUGAAUAAAUUUAUGGGGCUCGGGGGAGCUGCCGUAGAUGGGCUCGUAGUGGUGCUGCUAGACCCUGCGGCUUGGAAGGUGGUAGAAAAAAAGAAGAAGUGCUUGAGAGAGUGUUUUAAAGCCUUCCUCGAGAACUUGAAGCUUCGAGAGAAGGAUAAACAAUUAGCAACUGUAAGAUCAGUUGCAAGGUUACUCGCAGCACAUGCAGACGAGCUGCAUUCUUUCGUAGGGCAAGAAGGAUUAGAGAGAUUGCUGGAGAUGUUGGAUAUAAAUUCAGCAGAGGAUUUGCGAUCUCACGCUACACUAGCAACAGCAAAGUUUGUGGAGGCCGAUGAAGCGGUCGCGGCGAGUAUGCUGGGGAGGUUUAUGCUUUCUCGGUUAACUGAAGACUCAGACGACGACCUCCGGAUUGCGUUUUCGGCUGCGGCUGCGAUAUUUCCGCUUGUGCCAACAGUAGCAGCACAGUUGUUCAUGACCGAUGGAUUUGUCGAAGGGGUUGUUCCGAGCCUGCAAGGUCGCCCGGGGGAUGUUGAAAAAGCGGCGCUGGAAAUGAUGAAUGCGGCAUGUGUGGAUAAGAACUGCAGGGCUGCUGUCGCUGGGCAAUGUGAGGGCUACUUGGAGGCGGUGUCAAAAAGUACAGAGGGUAUAGGGAAAGCCAUCGCUUCCACAAUUCUUGCAAAAGUACGAUUUGGCGUCGGAGAGCCAGGGACUUUGCCAAAAGGGAUUGAUGAAUUGGCAGCGGUGUUCAAAAAUAUGAUACUGCAAGAGGACGCCGACUCACGACAUUCAUCGGUAGAAGGCCUAGCAUAUGCCACACUCAAAGCAUCAGUCAAACAAUCUCUCUGCAAGGAUAAAGUAUUCGUCAAGAAUCUUCUAGAAACAAUAAAGGACACUUCCAGCAAACCAACAGUAAUGUUCGGCGGUUUAACUGUCAUAAAUAAUCUUACAUCAUACCUCCCUCCAUUGUCAGAAGAGCAGAAGAAAGUCGCCCAGCUCAAGAAUUAUGCGAACGCUACCCCCAAAGCCAAGACAGAGCCUGAUGUAGGCGACAAGGACCCUGCUGUAACAGAGCGCUGUAAAAUACUUCUUGAAGCCGGUGUUGUUCUGGUUCUUAUUGCGUGCUCCCGAAAAAUUUCGCAGAAUGCUAUUGCAAUUGUUACCAACAUUCUUUUAUCACUCAGUCAACACCAGAAACAUCGUGGUCUUAUUGCACAGCAAGGAGGGGUCAAGCUUCUACUCCAAUUCUAUCCAGCGGUAACAGGAGAUACGUCUCAAGAUAGGCAGAUAAAACAGACAUGCUCGCACGCAGUUGCGCGAGUUCUAGUCUCCACAAAUCCGUCACAUGUAUUCUCAUCGCAACUUCCAGUGGCAUCAGCUGUGCGUCCGCUCCUGGCACUGCUAGAUAACUCAGAUGAUCAACCCACCCUUCUUCCGGUCUUUGAAGCACUUCUUGCACUUACAAACCUCGCUUCAACUGAUGAUUCCACUCGCGAUCUUAUCAUCCGUGUUGGCUGGCAGAAAAUCGAAGAGACCAUGCUCUCAUCAAAUGCAAUGGUUCAGCGUGCCACUGUUGAAUUGGUUUGUAACCUCAUGGCAUCCCCAGCCGGAGUUGAAAAGUUUGCAGACGGAUCCAAGAGUGCUGGUAAUAGGCUUCAUAUCCUCCUAGCCCUAGCAGACUCGGAAGAUCUAGCAACUAGACGAGCAGCAGGAGGUGCAUUGGCAAUGUUGACGGAGUGGGAUAAAGCGUGUGAAGCAAUUAUGAAUAGGGAGAGGGGUGUGGAGAUACUUUUGACAAUGGUAUCGGAGGACAAUGAAGAAGUGAGACAUAGAGGUUUGGUCUGUGUAAGGAAUUUGGUAUGCGGGGGCGGAGAAUAUGUUGGAAAGUUCAAAGCCGCCGAAGGAGCGAAUAUCAUUAGAGAGGCAUUGAGAGGCACAAGAAACCCGGAAGUUCUCUCAGUUGGAGUAGAGGCAUUGAAGGUUUUGAUGCAGGAGUAG